AUGAAUGGGAACAUUGAGUAUAAAUACACGGACAGGGACAUUGCCUUCCGCUCCACACAACAUGCGAAUGCAAGACAUUCCGCACGACGACGUUCACGAUCUCUUGUUUUUGGCACUCGAGAAGCCGAACCCGCCGAUAUGCCUCUCAAGAAGUCAUACUCGGAACACGUUGGUCUCCCAUCGAAGAACCGCUCGUGGCAACGUUCGAAGAGCAAUCCAGUGAAUGCCCAAACAUCUCGACCUUUGGCACCCGUCUCCGACAAAACGAAAAAUAAGCUAAAUCAAUUCCAAUUCCAGACUGGAGUCAAGGCAGAGACUGCCGUGCAGGAAAAUGGCACCGCGACGGAAGAUUGGGUUUGCCAAUCCCGAGACGAUAUCGCUAUCACCCCAUCGACGAAGCUGAGCUGGCACGACCUGAUGGCGUCGAACGCUCCCAAGGAAGAGAAAACACAAACAUCUCCUACCGAACGAAUCUUGUGGAACAAUGAGAGGGACAAGAACGACUUAAACUACGCUGCUGCCCUUUCGCCAAUGAUGCAUAGGAAAGGCCGUAAACGGGCCAGGAGCUCGUCGCCCAUAUCAUCCCCCGCACAAAACGAAAAGCCUACCACGCCUGCUGUCAAUGUGAAGAAGCUUAGUGAGGCAUUGAAAUCGCCACAUGCAGACCCGACCUUGGAACUCUGGGAUCGAUUCUCCCUUAGCAGCAAUGGAAAUGUUACGCCACUCGGUCUUACGAACCCCACGCUCGCCAAUCUCAUGUUCUCUUCAUCACCACGGAAUGUCAAGACGGCACCUGUACAGGCAGGUGACAGCAGCCUACGAAGAGCAAUCAGUUGCGGCCUCAACUGGCCAAAGAGGAGAAGAGUUGAACGCUCGGAUGCGCCCUCGUUUACUAGCACAUUGACGCGGGAGACGACCGAUAGUUCAAAGAACUCACUCGUAACAGCUCUGCUGGACACUGUUACGGGAAGCAUGCAAGAAGAUAGCCCACCGGAGGAUUUCGAUCCAUUCAUCGACCAGGACAUGGAGUCCCCGUCUCUUAAGAAGAGAAAGACCAACGCAUCGAGGCCGACAUCGCUCUCACCGUCGAGGAAAACAACCCGAGCCCCGAACCUACAGGCUGCGGAAAAUGCUUCUGAUGUCGGUGUCGCCCAGGAUCUAGGUCUGGAACGGCAAACGAAAGCGGCUUCGGCGGAGUCUGAAUACGGAGACGUUGACUUCGACGACUUUGACGAGUUUGAUGACGACACCUUUCUCGAGCUCGAAGCAAGCAUCAGUCUAUCAAACUCCAAACAAGAGGCGAGGCCAAGCACUCCUACUCCCGCACCUGUUUCUGUGCAACCCACCAAGCAGAGCAGCACUGGCUUGGAGGACGAGUUCGGUGACUUGGACGAUGAUAUUUUCGAGGCUGCCGAAGAUAUUUUGGAAAGCGCAGUAGCGACGGCCUCCCAAUUGCCGGCGUCUGCAAAAACGCAUCUUGACGCAACAAGUGUACCUGUCCCUAGACAAGACGACUUGGACGAUGCCUUUGGAGACGACUUUGGAGGAGACUUCGACUUCGAUGCGGCAGAGCUCGCUGCGACUCAAUCGGUCCAGAAGCCACAAGCCUCGCCGGCGGAAGCUACAAACCAAAAGCCCAAAGCUAUCCAGCGAUAUCUGGUGACCAAUGUCCUAGAAAACGAAUACACUGACCAGCGCGGGCUUUCUCGAUUAGAGAAGAUUCUCAUCAUUCAAGCGGAAGGUAGCAAGGCCAUGAAAACGAUCCACCUUCGAGGUGAUUGGUUCGAGACGCCGGCACACGCAAAGGCAUAUGUGCAUGUUAUCGGAACGUUUUCAGCCAGUGGACAAUGCAUCAUUGAUGAUUCUCACAAUAUCUUGAUCCUACACCCUGAUCAGUUGGUUUCGGCCACCGUCGUGGCUGAUUCAUUUAGCUGUAUGCGCCGAGCAGUACUACAGGACCGCGUCAAAGCGACUAGCGAGGCUACUGCUCCCUUGGUGUACGGAACGAUGUUGCAUGAAAUCUUUCAAGAGGCUCUGAUGGCGAAUCAAUGGGACCUUCGGUACCUCAGUGGUGUCAUUGACAGAGUCAUGGAGAAGCACAUUGAGGACUUGUACAAGAUCAAAGUCAGCACCAGCAUCGCUAGGGAACAUCUCCAGUCGAAGAUGACGGAGUUGAGCUGCUGGGCCACGGCUUUUGUAGCCUCUCAGCCGAAUGUCGAUGCUGUUGUCCUCGACCGCAAUGGCAAGAAAGCCAACAUGUGCGUCAGCAAACUGCUCGAUGUCGAGGAACAUGUUUGGUCGCCCAUGUACGGACUGAAGGGCAACAUCGAUGCUACCGUUCAAAUCACCUUGCGGGACGGCAAGGAUACCAAAACGCUGACAGUCCCAUUCGAAGUCAAAACGGGCAAACAUGCCAACAGCAAUCACAUGGCGCAGACUGCGCUCUAUAACCUGUUGCUUUCCGAUCGUUACGAUUUGAACAUCGUUUAUGGCAUUCUCUACUACAUGGAAACGUCGCAAACAAUGCGCAUUCCCACCAUCCGACACGAGCUACGCCAUAUGAUCAUGCAGCGAAAUCAACUAGCCUGUCAUAUUCGAGAGCGGAGUGUUCAGCUGCCUCCUAUGAAGAGGAGCAAGAACAUGUGUGGAAAGUGCUAUGCGAAGACGUCUUGCUUCAUUUACCACAAGCUCGCCGACGACGGCGAUGGAGAGACGAGUGGCAUGGACAAGCAAUUCGACGAGGUUGUCAAGCACCUUACGCCAAAGCACCAAAAGUUCUUCCUCAAAUGGGAGAAUCUGUUGACGAAAGAGGAGAAAGAGACACAGAAGCUGAAGAGAGAACUCUGGACGAUGGUCAGCAAGGACCGAGAGAAAGUGGGAAGAUGCCAUUCCGACGUCAUCAUUGAAGAGGGCUCAACGUCUGAGGACUUGGGCACCUCCAAGAUCAACCGGUUCAACUACACGUUCGUGAAGCGAAUUGCAACUCCAGGCCAUUCUUUCCUAGAGUCACAGUUGAAUGUUGGAGAACCUAUAGUUGUUUCCGAUGAACAGGGCCACUUUGCUCUCGCCUUGGGCUACGUUACUUCUGUCCGAAAACAGAGAAUCAGCGUAGCAGUCGACCGACGCCUACACAACGCUCGCAUCAAACAGCCUGGCUUUGACGAAAACGACAACCAGGUUUUUGCUAGCAUCAUGGAGGUCGCCCCUGAGGGCUGCACCGCGGAUCAAUCUCAGGGCAAGAUCAAGGAAGCGCCAAUCCGCUAUCGUCUUGAUAAGGACGAGUUCAGCAAUGGCAUGGCCACAGUCCGAAACAACCUUGUACAGAUCAUGGCGGAAGGCGUCUUCGGGUCUCGAGAGAUCCGCCGCGCUGUGGUGGAUUUGGUACCCCCGAGAUUCAAAGCAGCACCCACGCAAUACGUUGUAGCCGAUCGGGAAUCUCUGAAUGUCGACCAGCAUCGAGCGAUCGAGAAGGUGAUGAGUGCACAAGACUAUGCGCUAGUUCUUGGCAUGCCUGGCACGGGGAAAACGACCACCAUUGCACACAUCAUUCGGGCCUUGGUCUCUCAGGGCAAAAGCGUCCUUCUUACUUCUUACACACACACUGCAGUCGACAACAUUCUCCUGAAGCUAAAGAAUGACCAAACCCCGGUUCUCAGACUUGGCGCUCCAGCUAAGGUCCACCCGGAAGUCCAGCAAUUUGCUAUCCUAGCUGGUCAACCUAUGAACUCUUUUGAGCAGAUUAAGGAGGCGUGGCACGACACGCCCAUCGUUGCCACCACUUGUCUCGGCGUUGGCCAUGCUCUUUUCAACGAACGCACCUUCGACUACUGCAUUGUUGAUGAGGCCUCUCAAAUCACGCUGCCUAUUUGUCUUGGACCAAUCAGGAUGGCGAAGACGUUUGUACUUGUUGGUGAUCACAAUCAGCUUCCUCCUCUAGUCCAAAAUGAAGAGGCCCGAGAAGGCGGGCUUGAUGUGAGCUUGUUCAAGCUUCUCUCCGACACCCAUCCGGAUUCGGUGGUCAACUUGGAGCACCAAUACCGUAUGUGCGAGGAUAUCAUGACUCUCAGCAACACUUUGAUCUACAAAGGGAGACUGCGGUGUGGUACUGAGGAACUUCGGUUCAAGAAACUUGAUGUGCCCAACAUGAAUGCGCUGAAGAGCCUUCACUACGAUUCGGCAUCGACGCUCAGACUAGGGACCCCGAAGUCUGUAUGCACUUCCAUCAACCAAAACUGCUGCUGGCUCCGAGACUUGCUGGACAGCGAGGCUCGAGUCAGGUUUGUCAACACUGAUACCAUUCAGCCCCUUACGAGAGAAGAGGCAAAGGGCAAUCGGAUUGUCAACCCGGCUGAAGCACGUAUUGUAGUUCAACUCGUCGAGGGCCUGCUUACAAUAGGUGUACCCGAUGGGGAGAUCGGAGUGAUGACGCACUACCGCUCUCAACUAUCUCUGCUUAAGCAUGGCCUUCGCGGACAUGUGGGCGUGGAAAUGCACACCGCCGACCGAUUUCAAGGACGAGACAAGGAUGUCGUAAUUCUCUCCUUGGUUCGGAGUAAUGAGAGCUGCAGCAUUGGUGAACUCUUGAAGGAUUGGCGACGUAUCAACGUUGCAUUCACUCGCGCCAAAACCAAGCUACUCGUAGUCGGAAGCAAGAGCACCUUGAAGGGUAGCGGAAAGGACGAAAUGCUCAGCAAGUUUAUCGGCCUCAUGGAAGAGAAGGAUUGGAUAUACGACUUGCCGCCUGACGCAUUGGAUAACCACUAUUUUGACGACACGGCGACGCAGUUAACAGCCAGUGGCGUGUCUCCGAUGAAAGUGAAGAAGAACACCAGUCCGAGAAAGGGCGUCAGCCCAAGAAAGGCCCCAAAGCUAGCCAUGGGGAAAGAAAACCUUGGAACGGGGCCUAAGCGGGCGAGAAUUGGAGAGAAGGUACUUAUGAAGGAUAAAGUCAUUCUCAGGGAUAUACUUAACGAUAUGACGAACGGUGCUUAUUGA